AGGCAAACGUAGACGAUUAAGGUUCUCAAAUGUAAUUGAGACGAUAUGUCCUUCGGAAAGCUCAGAAUCGAGUGACCGGAGCAGUGAUAGUGGGAUUAUUGCUAGUGCUAAGGACAAUGGAGGUCAUGCACGCACAAGGCUUGACGACGGUGGAGGACAUGGGGUGCCAUCGGCACGUACCACUGUCAGGUAGGUUGAGGGGCGUCUUGAUGCAUCAGCUGUAGGAGGACAAGAUGUUUCUUCAGAACUUGGAGCUGCAAGUAGAUCACGUCCUAAACAAGCUGGAGUUACUACGGGAGCUGAUGGAGAUGAUGUUGGUGAAACUAUUGGGAGGCUUCGUCGCCACGAGGUGCAUGAAGGGUACACUUUCCCUGGGAGGACAGUUUUGGAAGUUGGAGGGAUCUCAAGGGGAGUAUCAGGCCUGGGGGAGAGCAGAACAACAGUUGGAUAGUGAUCCCUUGUUUCACACGCGAGCUACAUAUCAUAAUUCUGGCAGAGGAACAGGUCCUGUGUCGGAAAGAAUGUCAAGGAAUCUGAGGUUACCAAUUGGGAUAGCAAGGCCUGAAGUGAAGGGUGAGAUGGGUAGUGUGUUCCCUGGGAGAGCCGGCCUAGUACAUGAAAUUCCAACUGCACAAAAUGUAUUGCAAUUCUAUGACAAGAUGGUUCAUAGUAUGAGGAGUGAUCGCGACAAGUGGGCAUUGGAAAUGGUUCAAGCACGUAUGACCUUGGUCCUACUCAAUGGGGAUGAUUUCAUACAUGAGUUUGGUCCUGAUGGAGAAUUGACAACAAUUGGCUGGGCAGCCUUCUCACGUAUGCUGACUAGUAAAGAUGCACGAAUGUACGACGAAUGGAAGAUAAGGUGGAGGCAUCUAUUCGACAUCCAUUUUGUGGAACACCUGAUGGAAAACUCGGAUGACCUGGAUUAUGGCCUACUCGCAAGUAUGAUGGAUGAGGAUGUGCUUGGAUACAAAUUACAAUGAACAAAGAAGUUGUUCCUUCCUGUACCAUUGAUGGACGGAUUCUCCUUUUAUGUUGUGGACGUUGAGGAGAAAACUCUUGUUGUUAUGGAUCCAGCAGAGACAAGCAUUCAUGAUGAUGAGAUGAGUGUCAAACAUGAGGGUAAUGUGACCCAGGUACUAAAAAUGCCUCGAACAGUCCUCCGUAAUCACUUCGCAGACUGGGAUGUCCCAGAGCUCGGCUGGAGCAUCAUAUAUGCCUACAACAUGAAUGAGCCAUGUAAUAUCGAGGACAGCUGGAUCUACCUUGGUCACUACUGGAGUACAUACAAUGGCCUGUAUCUCGAGAGGCAGCUUGGUGAGUAUGAGCUGGCUUACCUGAAGAAGCAGUUUGAGUAUGAGGUGAUUUCGAUGAACGGCAACAAGGGUGAACUCCCAAGCUUCAUGAUCGAGGAAGUCCUGUUCUGAGCAAGGCAGACUUGGCUCUUUAUCUACUAGUGUAAACUAUGUGCUAAGGGUUUAUGAAAUGCGUACUUGCAGACUUAACUAGGUUUGGAAAUCAAGCAUAGUAGUGGUGAUUGUUUUAGCUCACAUCCCUCCUGCUGGUGUGGGGGUGCAACAUGCCCUGAUAUGCCGGCGUCGACCUUAACCCUGAUAAGGGUGAGGGUGUGUAUUUUGUGUCCUGGAGUACAGGACUUUGGGAUGGAACCUGUGUGGCUAGUUGUGCAGGCCAUCUCAUUUUGGGGCUGUGUGGUUGGAUCGAAUCAUUAUGUGUGUACAAGACUUAUUUCGUAGAUGGAAUGUGACGACGUUUUUAAAUUCUUGUUCUUCCGUUUGGUUUGAAAUGCUAUCAGCAAAUCCCUAUAUCCUAUCUGCAACAACAGAGUUGGUAAACUUACUACUGAUAUGUACAAUUUUUAGUGGACUGGAGUUAAG